AUGGUACCAGUCUCUAACCACGUUGCCCGGGGGAGCACCGGAGCAGAGAGCAUCAAUCCAUUUGGGGUGUUACAUUGUGCACCCUGUUUGGCAACCUACACUUGCCAAAAUGGAUUCAUAUUGUUUGGUACACCUAGUGUAACCUGUAAGCUUGGCGGUACUUGGGCUGGUUCACCGCCUUCUUGCAAGUAUGUCGACUGCGGAACACCAGCUCAAUUGUAUAAGGGUUCCUUCAGACUGCUAAACGGCACCACGACUUAUGGCUCUAUAGCGCAGUUUAAUUGUGAAGCCGACUACUGGUUAUCAGGAACUGAGUUCCUUACAUGCAACCGAGAUGUAAAAUGGUCCCACGACAUUCCAACAUGUGAUCUGAUUACCUGCGCUGAUCCCGAAGUCCCCGCCGGUGGUUAUAUGGAGGCUUACGACUACAACAUACAUUCGAAGAUUGACUUCCACUGUGAGCACGGGCACAAGCUUGUUGGAGAAUCCAGUUUGAUUUGCCAACAAGAUGGCGAAUGGUCUGGGGAUCCGAAAUGCGAGUAUGUGGAUUGUGGGAAGCUCCCACCAAUGCCAUAUGGAUCUGCAGAGCUACUGAAUGGCACCACACAUUUGGGCAGCAUCAUCCAAUACUCGUGUACAACUAACUACCGCCUAGUGGGGCCCGUGCGGAGAAUCUGCACAGAAGAUCAUCAGUGGAGUGAUUCGUCACCCAGGUGUGAAGAAAUCCGUUGUCCAGAGCCUAUAGUAGCAGAGAACAGCAUAGUAUCUGUGACGGGUAAUGACCGCAUGCACGGACGUACACUCAUCCGUACAGCAGGCAGCACCAAUGCAGGCAAUACAUACCGCAUUGGUGCGCUCGUCAAAUACCCUUGCGAGAGAGGGUACAAAGUCAUCGGCGAAAGCCUGUCUACCUGCGAGGAUAAUGGUCAAUGGAGUGGGGUCACACCUCGUUGUCAAUAUGUGGACUGUGGCAAUGCUGGUCGACUGCAGAAUGGUAUAGUGACACUGGCGACCAAUUUCACAUAUUACGGUGCUGCAGCUCUAUAUGAAUGCGAUGAACAUUGGCAACUUGAUGGUGUUUCAAGACGAUUGUGCCAAGACAACGGAACGUGGAGUUCUGAACCACCAAUAUGCAAAGAAAUAAUAUGCACGGACCCAUCGAUCCAGAUUAAAGGCAGCACAGGACUUGUUGUAGUUACAUCCUCACUCAGUAUUGGCAGUGAGGCUCACUAUCGCUGCGAACGGGGCUAUAGCCUCCGCGGCAACCAGACCAGGAUGUGCAUGCGAAGAGGAGUGUGGAAUGGAUCACCACCAGUCUGUAUACCAAUCGAUUGUAAGUCACCGGGGACGAUUGAGAAUGGUCGCAUCAUAAUAUCGAACAGUUCGACCCUAUUUGGAAGUUCUAUCGAGUAUCACUGCAUGCCGCAGUACCAGCGUGUAGGGCCGUUCCUAAGGAAGUGCUUGGACGACGGCAAGUGGUCGGGCGAUGAGCCCAGCUGUGAACUAGCAACUAGCGAAGCGGCGGAUAGCGGCGCUCUACCGCUUAGCGUUGGUGUGGGCUGCGGCAUCGUACUGUUCUUGCUUAUGCUGCUCGCUCUUAUUUAUUUACGACUGUGA